GACGAGUUUCCACUCUGUAUGUAUUCAGUUACAAAGGACUGAAAGCUGAAAGUGAAGGAAAGCUUUGGAUUGUAGGCCUACUAAAGUAUCUUAUUAUUAUAAAAAUUUACUCAAAAUCAUCAAUAAUCAUUAUUGAUUCAUUAUUCAAUAUUCAUUGUUGGUUCAUAUGUUUUUGUCAUAUCAAUAAAAUAAUGGAUAAGAAGAGUCAAACUGCUUUCCAGAGUAUGGAGUACCAUGUUUGUGGGAAAAUUGCAAAAGUAACUGUUAACAGACUGGAAGAUGUAUCAACACCUAGACCACAAAUCAAAGUCCAGGUUAAAGUUGAGAAACAGGAAAGUGUUUUUGAUGUCAGUUGGAUUGGAGCUGCACGUAGUGAUACAGCUACUCAGCAGAUCAAGAUCGAGAAGCAGGAGGAUGAAUUUGGAGAAUGUGAAUUUGCAACUAGCAACGUCAAAGAUGAGUCAUCCUCACACAAUGGUUCAACUUCCAAUCAGAUGGCGAGAGUUAAGCAGGAGAAUGAUAGCAGCCAAGAACCAGCGCCAGAGUGCAGCACUGCAUGCUCUCCAACUGAUGAUGAUUUCAGCCAACAACAUUAUCUAAUUCCUGGAUAUAAUCUAAUAUUCAUCAAAGAGGAAGAAUAUGCUGAGCAAGAGGCAGAAGGAUGUUCAGUGGAGAGUGAACCGGAGAUGUGGCCCUCAAACUGCAGCACAUCUGAAACUGCCAAUGCAACAGAAGUGGGUGAACUGAAUGAACAUUCAAUCUCUCCAGUGGAAAAGUGCACUGAGCCAUCUGUGACUGGCAAAAAGAUCAAGCUCUACAGCUGUGCUGACUGCAGCUUAGAAACUACACGGUUCAGUCAUUUGAAGAGACACAUGAGAAAACACACUGGGGAAAAGCCUUUCAGUUGUGAGUUAUGUGACUAUAAAAGUGCUUGGUCAAAUGCUUUGAAAUUACAUAUCCAAAGACAUACAGGAGAAACACCUUUCAGCUGCGAGUAUUGUGACUAUAAAUGUGCUCGGUCAAGUACUUUGAAAUCACAUAUCAGAACACAUACUGGAGAAACACCUUUCAGCUGCGAGUAUUGUGACUAUAAAUGUGCUCAAUCAGGUGAUUUGAUGAAACAUGUCAGAACACAUACAAAAGAAACACCUUUCAGCUGCGAGUUUUGUGACUUUAAAUGUGCUCAGUCAGGUAAUUUGAAAUCACAUAUCAGAACACACACAGGAGAAACACCUUUCAGCUGCAAGUAUUGUGACUAUAAAUGUGCUCAAUCUGGUACUUUGAAGAGACAUAUAAGAACACAUAAAGGAGAAACAACUACUAGCUGAAAAUUUGUGACUUUACAUGUACUCAUUCAAAUUUAUUUUACUGUGUUUCUUAGGGUGGUCACUAAUUACAGGACAAGUGUGUGGAAAAUUUGUGUACACUUAUGUCACCAUUCAUUGUUAUGUCAUCACAGCUAAAGGCUUCAAACAACAUUUUUUUAAGGCUUGUGUAUUGGCUCACACCUUGACUCUAUUCAAAUUGACAGUUUCACCCUGGGCUGGCGUCUGUGGAGGGGCGGAGUAGGGGAUGCUGCUCUCAGUGUGGUGUGUGCCGGCCGGUGGUUGGAGCGGCCUUUCGGGGACGGCUGGACUCCUCACGGUGUUCGGUGUCCUCCACAUACACCACGGUUGUCAUCUCAAAAGACUGAAAAUUCUCUCCUUUCUGAGAGGUGAUAGGCCAUGCUUUUGCACUACUUGGAGGGAGGGGAGUCGCUAGGAGUAGUGGGAGAGUAGUGGCAGUCAUCACUGUCCUUGUAGUGCAUGGCAACAGGUCAAAACUUAUCAGAAAUGGUCCAGGUGUCUUCCGGACCUUAAACGAGCCGUUGUGGCUAAUUCCGGUUUGCCUCUGAAUCAAUUGGUGUUCGGUUUGUUCUCUUAGGGACGCCUACGGGUGGCAACAGGUCACCUUACCUGUUUUUUAAUAAAUUAAUUAUUCAAACCUAAAUAGUGCAGCAAAAAAAAAAAAUUUGCUAGAAGCCUUUUACUGUGAUAACACAAAAAUCUAUGCCAAUGUGUAUCAUGAAUGUCUUACCGUUAGUGGCCAGCCUCAUGAAAUCAACCUUGCACUUUCCAUUACCUACUCACAAGCAUUACCUGCUCACAUGGUCUUUAUCCACAAUAAAAUUAUCAUGACAUCUGAUAAAUAGUAUCAUGUUGAUAUUUUGCCCCAGCAUCAACUCAACGUCAUGCAGCUUGAUCCUCUGCUUCUCCCUCAAUAGCUCUCCUAUAGUGAGGUCCACGUUAUAAUGGCUGUAUUUGAUUAACAUAUGUUUUGCUUCCCCUGUGUAUCAUACCUCAAAGCAGAAAGCGUUAUCCUUUUCUAGUUCUGCAAUUUCCAGAUCCUUUUCUAACCAUGUAGAGUUCUAAUAAAUUAACAAAAUAUUCAAUAAAUUAUGAAAAUUCAGUAUUUAAUCUUCAGCAAAUAUAUUUUCCUGAGGAAUAAAAUAUAAUUGAUCACUCUAAACAAGAAUUUCCUGUUAAUAUUACAUCAGAUAUACCGGUCUAAGAUAUCCUCCAUAGAAGACAGUGACAAGUCAGAGAAUUGGCAAUGCUGUUCUGCUAUCUUUCUCCACUGCCAUCAUAACAUGAACCUUACUACAGUCAGCCUUAACCUGGUUCCACCAUCCUUGCCUAGGUCUAGAAACACUCAUGGAGCCCACACUUUCAGUAGAUUUCUGAGUAUGAUAGUGUCAUUAGUGAAACCCUGCUCCAUGCUAUAGAAAUGAAUUCUCUUAAUUCAGAAAAAUAAGUUAUUGAUUUACUGGGUAAUGUGUAGGUUUUUAAGAAUGUAAAUCUAUGUAAUUUUUCAAUUAAUCAUUUAUAAUUUAUUGGUAUGGGUAUUGAUGUUCGGUACAUUCAAAAUAUUACAAAAACUUUAAUAAACUUCAGGAUUUAGAAAACUCACAUAAAUUACACAGAUAAAAAUUAAUGGCUACAAAAAAAAAAUAUGUGGAGGCCAUCCAAAACUCACUACCGUUACCAUAUCACAAAAAUAUGUGGAGGCCAUCUUAAACUAACUGCCAUAUCACAAAAAUAUGUCAUUGUUGAAAAUGUUAUCCCACUUCUCCACUAGUCAGUAUUUAACUCUUUUAUCAAAUGGAUUCAGAAUUUGGGUAUUUCUUAUAUCAUGGAAGCAGAUAUUUGAAAACGUUUUGACUAAUAAUAUUGGGUUCCUUUCAUGAUACUAUGGUGCGGCUUCAGUUUAACAACAUUCCUGAAUAUUCUAUCAUAUUGACGAAUAUCUGCUCUCAUUGUCCAAUCACUUUGCAACUGAAUUAUCAUUAAGUUCCAUAUUAUAUUAUGUUAGUAUUAUAAUAAUAAGUUACAUGUUUUUAUAGUAUCAUAUUAUUAAUGAUUGCAACAUGAAAUAUAACAAAUUCAAAAUGUAUUGUAUACAUAUUAAUUAAAAGGAACAACUUCGAUUUUUCAA